GCCCUACCCAGAGGCAGUCUGAGGGCGGGAAGGCAGGGCCGAACCGCCCCCUUCCGUCCUUCGCCGCGGCGACGGGUGAUGAUGAGCCGGGAAGGGCGGGCUGCUCUGGGGAAAGGUCUGAGGGGGACGUCGCGGCAGGCCGGCAUGAGAUUUUUAGGGCAAUUAAAAAACUUAUUCUCUAGCCUCCUGAAAGUGAAGUAUUUUGGAUCAGAUACAUUAGUUGCAACACCGUGGAUGCUUUGGAACCAAUCUCUUAAUCGAUUGCCUGAACAUCUUCCAGGAAUUCAGAGACAAAGUUUCUUGACCAUGCUGGAGAUGCCUGAUAAGAAACCUGACCUUGAUGGGUUCUUGCCUCAUCCUAGAGUACGUGGAAUGACCACCCUUGACAAAGCUGCUUUCAAAAAUGAUGUUGUCAUCCCAGCUCUUAUGAUUAACAAAGACAUUACAAACAAUCUGCUGAAGUCUCUUAAAGGAGUGCUACUCCAGCGACCAGGCCUCAAGAGAGUCGUUGAAAACCCUGAUGAUGAAAACAGAAAGUACAUUUUGUUAGACCCACAUAAAAUAUCUGCUGACGGUUCUCUGGGUGAAUCUGAGCAACAGAUCUUAAAGAGCUUCAAUGUUAACCCUGAAAUAGUCAAGUAUAACAUGGAACUUACUUACGAUAAUUUCAAGACAGAAGAAAUUCUGAAAGCAGUGCUUCCUGAAGGCCAGGAAAUCACCACAGCAUUUAGCAGAAUUGGCCAUAUUGCUCACUUGAAUCUGAGAAGCCAUCAACUGCCUUAUAAACAUUUAAUUGGACAAGUUAUCAUUGACAAAAAUCAAGGAAUAACCUGUGCUGUAAACAAAAUCAAUAUGAUAGAUAGCAAGUAUCGAAACUUUGAAAUGGAGCUACUAGCUGGAGAUGGGACCAACAUGAUAACGAAGGUUAAGGAAAACUAUAUCUCGUAUGAAUUUGAUUUUUCCAAAGUCUAUUGGAAUCCUCGCCUCUCUACAGAACAUUUGCGGAUUGUCAACCUUUUAAAGCCAGGAGACCUUCUCUUUGAUGUCUUCGCAGGGGUGGGGCCUUUUGCAAUCCCUGCAGCAAAGAAGAACUGUGUGGUGUUUGCAAACGACCUCAACCCUGAGUCAUGCAAGUGGCUCCAGCACAACUGUAAAUUAAAUAAAGUGGACAGAAAAGUCAAAGUCUUCAACAUGGAUGGUAGGAGUUUCUUGAAAGGGCCAGUGAAGGAAGAACUGGACAAGCAUCUCUCUUCCAAGGAAUGGAAGAAUUCCUUGCAUAUCAUCAUGAACUUGCCAGCCAUGGCAGUUGAGUUCCUGGAUGUCUUCAGGCAUCUCUUGAAUGGAGAGCCAGUCAGUGCUGAACUUCCUACAGUGCACUGCCACUGUUUUUCCAAGCAUGAGAACCCCAUGCAAGAUGUUCAAGAAAGAGCUGAAGCUUUACUGGGAACUUCCUUAGAUGGUCUCUGUUCUGUUAAAUGGGUGAGAAAUGUGGCACCCUAUAAAGAAAUGAUGUGCAUUAGUUUUCAACUCCCAGCCAAGGUGUUAUACAAGCCACUGUCUUCUCUGGCAGAUGAUCCACAGGAACCUGCAUCUAAACGCCUGCGCCCAAGUGAAAAUUACACCGAAGAAAAUAAUCAAACCAUCAAGGAGAUAGGUGGAUCAUGACUGAACAGAAUUUUAAUUCCAUUUUUCAAGGUGAGCAAAGUACAUUGGAUUUGCUCUCUGUGUAAGUGCAGUUAUCUAAUCUGUCUGAAAGUUGGUAAUUGCAGCAACCACGCUCAUGAGCUGAUUGUAUACUGAUAUGUUUUAAUUCUUUUAAAUUCUAUGAUAAAUGAUUCGGGUCUAUUCUCUUAUUCAAAGAACAUUAAAUUUUUUAUUUUCCCAUAA